CCAGGUCCUUCUCUACUUGGUCCUUCCAACGGAGUGGAGGUCUUCCUCUUCCUCUGCUUCCCCCGGCGGGUACUGCGUCGAAUAAUGUCAGAGCUGAAGUGUUUUCAUCCAUCCGGACAACAUGACCUAGCCAGCGUAGCCGCUGUCUUUUAAUUCGCUGAACUAUGUCAAUGUCGUCAUAUAUCUCGUACAGCUCAUCGUUCCAUCGGGUGCGAUAUUCGCCGUGGCCAAUGCGCAAAGGACCAUAAAUCUUUCGCAGAACUUUUCACUCGAAAACUCGUAACGUCGACUCAUCGGUUGCUGUCAUCGCCCAAGCCUCUGCACCAUAUAGCAGGACGGGAAUUAUGAGCGACUUAUAGAGUUUGGUUUUUGUUCGUCGAGAGAGGACUUUACUUUUCAAUUGCCUACUCAGUCCAAAGUAGCACCUGUUGGCAAGAGCAAUCCUGCGUUGGAUUUCCAGGCUGACAUUAUUAGUGGUGUUAAUGUUGGCUCCUAAAUAGACGAAAUUAUCUACAACUUCAAAGUUAUGACCAGAGAUAAAGAGAUCUUUAACUGCUCUCUCACUGGAAGUGAGAGAGCAAUUGCUAAACGUCAAAACCACCUAAACUUUGACAGUUCAUCGAGUUCAGGAGGUUUUGACGUUUAGCAAUUGGAAACGAGCGAUGGCCAGAUUGAAAUCCCGCCAAAUUAAUAUUCGAAUGGAGACAUUUUUCAUUUUUUUGUCUCCAUUUGUAACGGCCAUUAGUUCGAAGAAUAGCGAAAGCAAAACAGCACAUAAUUUGGAAGAUAUAAAAUGCCGAAAACAACCAGCAGUUGGAGGAAAUGUGUUGCUGGCUGCAGCGAGGGAGGCAGAAUAUUCAGUUUUCCGAACGGUGGAACGGAUCUCGAACGAAAUGGACAUAGAAGACAUCCAAAUUACUCCCAAGACUGUGAAGUCCGCGAUUUCUGCGCCUAGAGCAUCAGCUCCACCCAUCGCCGUACCAAGGACACGAAGAGUCUUGAGUCCGCCAAGGCAAUCAUCUGCUGCAACACUUAGGGAUACAAAUGAAGAUCCAUUUGAAGAAAAUUUGCCUCCACGAUGCAGCUUAUGCCAUCGACCCCAUGUUCUGAAGAGGUGCACCAUCUUCAAAAGCAUGAAGACAGCUCAACGCCAACAGAUCGCCCGCGCACACGGCCAUUGCAUGAGUUGCUUGGCAGACUCCCACACCACAUUCGAUUGCCCAACCGACGAGUCAUGCCAAUAUUGUCAACGCCCUCAUCAUACCCUAGUUCAUCGAUUCCCUCGCCGAGUCAAUCCGCCAGCAACCCACAUAAAUAACAGGCACAGCAAAACGAGGAUCCUGUCCAGCGCCGAAGAGUACGCCAUUCCAGGCACACCAGGGGAGCGUACUCGCGACCACCUCCGCCAAACUACGGUCAUCGUAAUCAACAACGCAAACCAACUGGGCUGAGCGCCGUAGUGAGCACUCUGCAACGGUUGCAAAGUCUUCUUCACCCACAACCGAUACAAAAGGAUUGGUCUGAUCGGAAUGGGCGCUUUUUUCGUUUUCACCCGUGACCUCGAAGGUUUUCGCCAUCGGUACGUCCGUCAAAGCAACGCUGUUUAAAAGUUUAAAAUUGUUAAUUGAAAUCAAAGUGCUAAUAAAAUUUUGUACAAAGUCUUUUUUUGAACAUUUGGUGUGAAUACAAAAUAAGCAUUUAUAAAAGAAAAAAAAAUA